CGCGCCGCUGUCAGAGAAUCAGGAGACCCGCCCAGGCAGCGAGCAGUACUAGCAGCAGCUUGUCUUCGAGUGUGGGUGGUAGCGGAGUCCGGGCUACAUCGGCGGGUAGAGAGAGCGGAUGGAACGUAUGUGACGUAACGGGAGCAUUCCGGAAUCACCCCUAAGCUAUUGCUCCAGUGGUGGACGCUGAGGCGGCCAUUUGCCAUUUCUCGUCAGCCCUUUCAUUCUUCCUGUUCCGUGCUUUCGGUGGCGGGGCGGCUCGGUUUUAACCGCGGCCCCUGCUGCGAGGGCGGACAUGGACGAGCAGGCGGGUCCCGGCGUGUUCUUCAAUAACAACAAUAACUCGCUGCUGUCUGCCGCGGCAGGUGCAGGUGGGCCCACAGGAACCGGUAAAGGAUUUGAGGCCGGACCCGGAGAUGCGGCCUCGGCUACUGGUGGAGCAAGUGGCGGUGGUAACACCGGAGCGGCAGGGAGGGCCCAUUACAGUAUCCCGGGGAUCCUGCACUUCCUGCAGCAUGAAUGGGCCCGCUUCGAGGUGGAGAGAGCGCAGUGGGAGGUGGAGAGGGCCGAGCUGCAGGCACAAAUAGCCUUCCUGCAAGGAGAAAGAAAAGGACAAGAGAACUUAAAGAAAGAUCUAGUGAGAAGAAUAAAAAUGUUGGAGUAUGCUUUAAAGCAGGAAAGAGCAAAAUAUCACAAGCUGAAAUACGGAACUGAAUUAAAUCAGGGAGAUAUGAAGCCACCAAACUAUGAUUCAGAUGAAGCUAAUGAGGCCGAGAUCCAGCCACCGACACAGAACAGCCAGUUUAUAUGGAAACAGAGCCGGCAGUUACUAAGGCAGUAUCUUCAGGAAGUGGGCUACACAGACACCAUACUGGAGGUUAAGUCGAAACGUGUACGUGCUUUGCUGGGGCUGUCCGCCGACACCUCGGACAGACUCACAGAUACAAAUCAGGACUCCAUGGUAAAUGGCACGGAGACGGAGCUUCCCAAUCCACUGGUCAUUGGAAAACCGGACAUGACGGACUCUGCCUCUGUGCUGGAGACCUUUAAGUUUUUGGAAAAUGCUGCUGCAGAGUUCAGCGAUGAGGAGGAUGACGAAGACAAUGAUGGCAGGGAUAAAACCAUAAUAGAUGCAGCCACGAUUGUGCGACGAAGAAUUGUUCCUGAGCCUAAUGAUGACCGUGACACUGAAGAGGCUUUGAAAGAGUUUGACUUCCUGGUAACGGAUGACAGCGAUGGGGGAGAAUCUAGAAGUGCCGGCGAUGGCACUGAAUGGGAAAAGGAAGACCAGUGUCCGAUACCGGAGUCCUGGAAUGUGGAUCAGGGAGUAAUAACCAAACUCAAGGAGCAAUACAAAAAGGAGCGCAAGGGGAAAAAAGGGGUUAAGAGGCCAAACAGGUCAAAGCUCCAAGAUAUGUUGGCCAACCUUAGAGAUGUUGAUGAGCUGCCAUCAUUACAGCCCUCGGUGGUGUCCUCCUCCAGACCUGCAAGCUCUCGGCUGAGCGAACAAGAAAUUAACCGGACAGAUGAAGUUGAAGCUUUGACAUUUCCUCCAUCGUCUGGAAAAUCGUUCAUUAUGGGAACAGAUGAAGCAUUAGAAAAUGAACUUGGCCUUGGAGAGUUGGCAGGACUAACAGUGGCCAAUGAAGCAGACUCCUUAACCUAUGAUAUUGCGAACAACAAGGAUGCAUUACGGAAAACAUGGAACCCUAAAUUCACACUAAGAAGCCACUUUGAUGGAAUCCGGGGCCUAGCAUUCCAUCCAAUUGAGCCAGUCCUUAUUACUGCCUCAGAAGAUCAUACAUUAAAAAUGUGGAAUCUCCAAAAGACUGCCCCUGCUAAAAAGAGUACAUCGCUGGAUGUUGAACCAAUUUAUACGUUCCGGGCACACAGGGGACCGGUUUUAUGCGUAGUAAUGAGUAGUAAUGGGGAGCAGUGUUACAGCGGUGGAACAGAUGGUAUUAUCCAGAGCUGGAAUACCCCAAACCCCAAUGUGGAUCCUUAUGAUUCUUAUGAUCCCUCUGUUCUUAGAGGGGCAUUUGAAGGCCACACUGAUGCUGUGUGGGGUCUGGUAUACAGCACGAUUCACCAACGUUUGUUGUCUGCGUCGGCGGACGGCACAAUAAGAGUGUGGAAUGCAGCUGAAGCCUCUCCAGCUUUAACAAUAUUUAACGAGACCCUAGAACUAGGCAUACCUUCAUCCGUCGACCUUGUAAGCAGUGAUCCCGCCCAUAUGGUUGCAUCAUUUAGCAGCGGACACACAAGUAUCUUUAAUAUGGAGACACGUCAGAAAGUCCUGACACUGGAAUCCUGCAUUGAUACUGCUGUUAAUGCCUCCUGCCAAAUAAACCGGGUAAUCAGUCAUCCGACUCUUCCAAUCAGUAUCACUGCUCAUGAAAACCGUCACAUAAAAUUUUAUGACAACAACACAGGAAAAUUGAUCCAUUCAAUGGUAGCUCACUUAGAUGCCGUCACUAGUUUAGCAGUUGAUCCAAAUGGAUUGUAUCUGAUGUCUGGCAGUCAUGACUGUUCAAUACGUUUAUGGAACUUGGAAAGCAAGACCUGCAUACAAGAAUUCACAGCCCACCGCAAGAAGUCAGACGAAUCCAUCUACGACGUGGCAUUCCACCCAUCUAAAUGCUACAUUGCCAGCGCGGGUGCUGACGCCCUCGCUAAAGUUUUUGUAUGACAUAAUGUUCCCCAGUAGCUUAUCAGUUACCAGCCUCAUCCAACCAGAGACACAUUACCGAUGCCAGAAGAUUUGACUUAACUGGCUUAUUCCCUUCUCUUCCUUCUGUCUUUCUUUUUUUGUGUUCAAUAAUCAGGAUGAAAUGCAAAAACCAAUGUCGUGGGUUGAAUUUUGCUGGGUGUGGUUUUCUAAACGAAUGGUUUGUUCAGGGUGCUGUGAACUGAACUGGUGCUUGGAGCCAGGCUUCUGUCUUGCAAAUGCCCUCUGAGCUACAGUAGCAGCAUUUUAUUUUUAAGAGUGCAUACUUGACCAGGCAGGCCUGGAUCAAACUAGGUUCCAGCAUAACAUAGGGUUUUUGGCUAGUGGGACAAAAAGGAUGGCCAGUGAAGUGGCAAAAAAAUAGGAUUCGUAACAGGAAACGUACUGCUCCGUCUAUCUUGCUUAAAGCUCCAAGAAGAAUAUAUGGUGGAUAACUUGGACCCAUUUGCUGCCUGAUGAAUGGUUUUCAAGCAGAUUUAUUGGAAAAGGAAGGAUGCUCCCAUUCAGUUGGGGUGAAAACAUGCAUUUUAUGUUCUUAAAUGGUUUUUGUUUAGUGUACAGUGCUUUGUGUUCCAGGAAUGUAUUAUCCAAGUGACUGCCAAAUAAAUUUAUAGAAAGAUUACCUUUGUUUAAAGUACUGAAGGUCAGGGGCUUCUGGAGGGUCAGUCUUGAAAUAUGUGACGGUUGUCAUUCAAAAGGGACUUCAUUCCAUUUAUUUUUUAAUAAAGCCAAUCGAAUACAGUAGACAAACUGGCUCACGUUAGCCUUUUUAACUUGCCUUUUUAGUUACUGCUCUGGUAAUGUUAAAAUGAAAAUGAAACGCAAGAUGUGUGCCAUUUCCCAUCUGUCUAAAUAAACAUAUAGCUAAAACGUA